AUGCUUCUUCGCGCUCUGGCCAACAAGCUGCAUUCAUUCAAUCCCCAACGCUCCUCCUGUCUCUUCCAGAUCCCCUUCCUUCCCGUGAGUCUCGCCACCUCGGGCUCCUCUUCCAACAGCAAUCCGAUGCAAGACAACGAAGACAUCUUUGCCCGUCGCGACUUGCGAGACCCACGCUUCUCAACCUGGAAAGCGCCCAAAGAGCUCAAAGGCGGGCAUCAUCGUGCCGUACGAUGUCUAGCCUGGUCGUGUGAUGGGCGUAAGCUUGCCUCGGGCGGAAGUGACAAGGCAGUGAGGAUCUGGCAGCCUGAGAGGGCUUCGCUAGAUCGAAGCAGCCAAGAGCUGAGAGGGCAUACGGAUACGGUCGAGGCCCUUGUGUGGGAUCCAACGAAUCCGGAGAGGGUCGCGACUGCUGCCCUGGAUAGGACCGUCAGACUAUGGGAUACCCGUACCCUGCAGCCCAUCUUCACUACCUCGACCCCUGGCAGCAAUAUCAAUCUUUCCUUCCAUCCCAAGGGGCAUCUGCUCGCCGUCGGCAACAGGGAAGACGUUCUCUCCCUCAUCGACGUGCGCAAUGGACCCGGCAAGAUUCUAGGAACGAUCAAGGCCGGGUCAUCGAGCAGCAAUGAGGAGAUCAAUGAGAUAGGCUGGUCCAACGGUGGCAGCAUCUUUAUCGCUACAACGGGCAAGGGGUAUGUGAGGAUGUAUGACGCUAGAGCGCAUAAUGAUCCGGAGAAGCUGGUGGACGAGGUAAAGCAGACAGUGGGAGAGGAUGCUGACAUGACCAAUGGCAGUGACUCUACCGCGCCUAAGCCCAUGCCAACAAUCGACUGGCCACCGGUCCACACCCUCGUGGCGCACACGGCCACCGUCUUCUGUGGUCGCUUCGACCCGCUCGGACGAUACCUAGCAACAGGGAGCGCCGAUGCCACAAUCGCCUGCUGGACGCUGCCUGAGCUUCAGUCGCACUGGAUGGCUGGAGGGGACCUGCAGACACCGCCUCGCUCCAUUUCCUUCAGCCACGACGGCGAGUUCAUCGCCGCAGGCGGGGAGGAUGCAGUGGUGUGGAUUGGGUCGACUGUUGAUGGACGCAGGCUGCAUAAGCUGCCUGCGGUAGGCACAGUCAAUGCGCUGAGCUGGUCUCCUACAAGGCAUUUGUUGGCUUAUGCGGGCGACGAAAGAGGGCAGGGACAGGAGGGGACGGUAAGGGUCUGGGGAUUAUAA